UUAUAGUUUAGUUUCUUAAAAUGGCGCUGACAAUUAAAACUAAGCGUCAUAUUGAGGUUAAAUUUUUUACUUUUUAAAUAAAGAUCUGCACUAACCUAUAGAAAAUAAAAAUAAUGGCUUUACCGAGCAAUUAUAAGCAAGUUUCUAUGAGUGUUCCAGCCCCUCAAUCGGCAAACCAUUUGCUGUCCGCAGGUUCCCCCAUGACUUUCAACAUACUGAAAGAACGUUUAAGAGCUUCUGGAAGCGCAAGUUCCAGUUCUAACAAAGAAACGAACCCUUUUGUUACGACUCCAAGCGGAAAUCCAAACUUUCUACCACAAAAAGCUGGGAAGAACACCAACAAUGAAUCUCGAACGCCAAAACCGCCAAAGCCGCCGGAAAAACCGCUUAUGCCAUACAUGAGAUAUAGUAGAAAAGUAUGGGAUACUGUAAAAGCUCAAAAUCCAGAGUUGAAACUAUGGGAAAUAGGAAAAAUUAUCGGACAAAUGUGGAGGGAGUUACCUGAAAUGGGUAAAAAUGAGUUUGUUGAAGAAUACGAAACGGAAAAGGGCGAAUAUGAAAAAACUUUGAAAGCUUAUCAUAAUUCUCCGGCGUAUUUGGCGUAUAUUGCUGCUAAAAAUCGAGCUCAAGGUGCUGAGGACAGAGACACUCAUGAUCGGAGCGGCGGAUCUUCCAAGCAACAAGCUGCAGAUAGAAGAAUAGAUAUUCAGCCGGCUGAAGAUGAAGAAGAUCAAGAUGAUGGUUAUUCAAUAAAACACAUUGCUUAUGCGAGAUACUUAAGAAAUCAUCGUUUAAUUAAUGAAAUUUUUUCGGAUACUGUUGUACCGGAUGUAAGAUCUGUCGUAACAACCACUCGGAUGCAAGUAUUAAAAAGACAGGUUCAAUCGUUGACGAUGCACCAAAAAAAAUUGGAAGCAGAAUUACAACAGAUUGAGGAAAAAUUCGAAGCGAAGAAACGAAAAUUUGUCGAAAGUAGUGACCAGUUUCAAGAAGAGCUCAAGAAACAUUGCAAACCGGCCGUUGACGACGAUACAUUUUUAAAAAUGGUCGAGCGUCAAUACGAUAUUUUGAGACGUGAGAAAAUGAGGGGUGUUGAAGAUCAAAAAGUGAAAAACGAAGAUGGGAAUGGAAAUAACAACGGGGAAGUCACUUUGAGUAAUGAUGAGAUUGGGAAUAAAGAGAGGGAGGCUGAAAGGGAGAAUGAGAAGAUUCAACAACAAAAUGGGAUGAAUGGGUUGAGUCAGGUUGAGAUGAAAGACGAUAGGAGCGCUUUACCUCCUCAAUCGACUCCACCGAAUCAAGAUGUUGAAGUUGGUUCGCCUCAACCAACGAGUUUAAUCCACCAUCAUCCUACAAAUCCACCCCCACACAUGUCACCUGGUCACAUCCCGCAAAAUCAACCUCCGCCGCAAAACCACUCUGGGAGUCAUGGUAAUUCACCCCAAAACCCUCAUAUUCCCCAUCCAAGUAGUCCACAUCCACCUUCGUUAUUGCAAUCUAGUUCUCAACAUCCACCAGCUCAACAUCCUUCUCCUCAGCAUCCCCCAAUAAACGCCCCACCCCACCAUCCUCCUCCUGGAAGUCACCCACCAACUCAUAGUCCUCAUCCAAGUUCACCACACUCAAGUUCGCCAUCUCAUCCAGGAGCAGCCCCUCCUCAUAUUCCACCUCCUCACGGAACCCCACCUCAUGGUAAUACCCCACCACAUCCAGGUCAAUCCAUGAUGCCUCCAACACAAGUUCCGUAUCAACAAUACCCGCCUGGAAGUCCCCAAUCGGUUCCCUUACCUCCAAGGCCACCUCAUAGCCCAUAUGGAUAUCCCCCUCAACAACCGCAAGGGUAUCACCCGCAGUCACCAUACCCACAAUAUCCACCACAUCCAUACUAUCAUCAACCAUACCCAGGGCAAUAUCCACCUCAUAUGGGCAGACCACAUCCAGGAUUCCCACACGCGGGCCCUCCAGAAGCAGCGGGUGGACAACAUAUGCCGCCUCCCGGAUCCGAACAAGAUCACGGCGGACCACCUCCGCCUAGAAUGUAUGGUGCGGCAAUGCCAGAAAGUGAUAGGCCGCCAAAUGAAGCUGAUGGAGCGCCGUCGACACCGAUGGACAUGCACGAGGAACUUCCUAAAGGCGAAUUAAAUGAAGAAAUUCGGGACAGAAAAGAAGGAGAGUGAACGGUUCUGCUUUAAGUUAUCUCUAAUAUUUUUUAAACAUUGCGUUAUAGUUAUUUUAAAGAUUAGAGAUUAGUAAUAACUAUAUGUGGAAAUAAAUCACAAUAAUAAUAACUUAAAAUAAGAAUAACAGUGGACAUGGAAAAUAUAGACUUUUAUGAGUAA